UCACCAAACCAAACCAAAUCCAUGAUUCAUCACCAGUUCACACACCAGAUAAAGAAUGGUGUUUGUCUUCCCUUUCAAGAUUCUAUGAUCGUAAGGAUAGCUCAUCAAUCUGUCGAUGGGUCUCAUUUACCGGGUUUGGUCAUUUCCUUUCCUCUCUUACAUAAUUGGUUGCUAUGUCUCGUUCACGACAUGAAUAUAUAAUGCACGAGUUGGAGCCAGCAUUAUAUCUACCCGAUGUCCCUCCUCUUUCAUAUCAUUUCAUUUCAUUUCCUUUCAAUGCAAAAAACGCACUGCUAACGUUCAAGAUUCAUCUUGAUUAGUUUCUAGAGGAUCGAGCACCCCAUUUCACCUUGCAUAGCUCCUGAUCUCUUGGCCUCCACCAUUCAAGAUGGAAUUAGCAGUAGCCAUGCUAUUAAUACUGCUGAGUUUAGCAUCGUGGUGCGUGCUUUCAGAGGGCCGGCUUCUUGUGGACAUGACUCUGGUUUCGGAUGCUUCCAACAUUGGUGCCUUUUGCUUGGAUGGAAGUUUGCCUGCGUAUCAUCUGCACAGAGGAUUCGGAGCUGGUGCAAGCAACUGGCUUUUGCAAUUUGAGGGAGGUGGGUGGUGCAAUGAUAUACAAUCAUGCUUGGAUCGAGCCAAAACGAAGCAUGGAUCUAGCCUUUACAUGAACAAGUUGGAGGAUUUCAAUGGAAUCCUAAGCAACGAUGCCUCACUUAAUCCAGAUUUUUAUAAUUGGAACCGUGUGAAGCUUAGAUAUUGUGAUGGAGGUUCGUUUUCUGGAGAUGCCAAAUUUGACAAUGGGACAUCAGUCCUUUACUUCAGAGGACAAAAGAUUUGGGAAGCAAUCAUUCUUGAUCUCCUCCCCAAAGGUUUGGGGAAUGCAGACAAGGCUUUGCUUUCAGGUUGCUCUGCUGGGGGUUUAUCAUCCUUUCUCCACUGCGAAAACCUUUACCGGGCAUUACCGACGAAUACCAGUGUGAAAUGCUUGAGCGAUGCUGGAUUUUUUUUGGAUGAAAGAGACAUCACUAUGAACUACACCAUGAGGACCUUCUUUGAAAACCUUGUUUCUCUACAGGGAAUUGAAAAGAAUCUGGAUAAAACCUGCACUAGUUUCCUUGACAAUCCAAAACUGUGCAUGUUUCCACAGUAUUUCUUGAAUUACAUGACAACACCGUUCUUCAUCCUGAACACAGCCUAUGAUGUAUACCAAUUCCAUCAUGCAUUGGUUCCGCCCUCUGCUGACAUGAAUGGAGACUGGAAGCGUUGCAAGCUUAGCAUAGCAUCAUGUACUCCAAAGCAGCUUGACAUACUGCAAGGUUUCAGGGGUGAUAUGCUGGCGGCAUUGAGUUCAUUUCUCAAGGAUUCCACAAGCGGGGGAAUGUUUAUAAAUUCAUGCUUUGCUCAUUGCCAAAGUGAGACACAAGAAACAUGGUUUGCACUUGGCUCCCCGAGUAUCCAGGAUAAGACUAUUGCAGAAGCAGUCGGUGAUUGGUAUUUUAGUAGAAAUAUAAGCAAGUUAAUCGACUGCGCGUAUCCUUGCGACGCUUCCUGCCAUAACACCAUUGCACAGGUGCAAAUGUUGCUGGUUUCCUAGAAGGGCAAGAUAUAGAUGAAAUACAGAGAUUUUUACAGGCUUCAUUCCUUGAACUCUGGAGAUAUUAGAAAGAAAAGGAAGAGUAUACAGAAGGGAUACUGGAAGGAAGUGCAGAAAACAAUGGAGGGAGUUCACAGCAUUUUUUUUUACUA